ACCAGGGGAACAGACGACGCCCUUGAGACAGAUAUCAGACAAGAGGAAGAACUUGCCAUCCAAGAGAUCACUCAAAACCGUGAAGCCUCAAGCCCCUUGCAACAGUUCACGAGGAAUAGAACAACACGCACAGACCGUCGGUAAACACACGGUCACAGGCAAGAGAGGCAGCACCCUCAAGAGAGCAGAAAAAACUCCCGAGAUACCUCCAAAAACAAGCGGAAUUCCGUCUCCUGUUCCCCACUUGGAGGAGGUGCCCAAGAAACAGCCACCAAUGAACGGUACAUACCAACGCCCUGGUUUCAUCCGUUUUGUUUCUCAUACUCCUACUGUUUGCGUAGUGGACAUUUAAGUUAGUCGUGUUCUGAGUCCUCUCUUUGACUCGUUUUGGUUUUAACUCCGCGCCAAGUUUAGUUUUGUCAUCAUUCCUAGCACUAUUUCCCUGGCGCUAAGGAAAUUCUGGAAGAUUUAUAAACUUAAUAUGUGGAGGGAAAUACACACACACACACAAAGAGUUAUCAUGAAAAUUUCAUGUUGUAAUCUCUCUUCUGUGUGAACUACAGUAUAUAGUGAUGUAAACUUUAUAAUCUAUAAAUGCUCAAAUAGUUUCAUGGGAGAAGCAGAGACAGGAGCUACCAAUAACAGACCAGGUUUGCCGUGACGUAAGAAAUGGUGAGCAGGACCUGCGUGAGUCUGUUACUUCUUUCCUAUAAAUAAGGAGUCAGGCAGGUAGCGGGGAGAGUUGUGCGGCAGAGACGGGAGGUUAACACGGUAUGUUAGAGAUGGUAAACAGCACGAAAUGAAUAUUGACCGUCUCAACAGAUAACUACAAGGUGGUGAUGUUACUCGGGUGUCACAUAAUGGUGGUGGUGGUGGUGGUGAGCGCUGUACCCAAAGCUGUCCAGGAAGUGAGUGGGUCUAUGGAGCAGGUGGGCGUGGAUGUCGGUGUGAUGAUGAGUCAGGUUUUGGAACACCAUCUCACUGGCUGUCACCUAGUGCUCGUCACAACUACACUGCAUUUAUACGUCUCCACCAGUGUAAUAAGACACAUGGGUGUGCGUGUAGAGGCUGGCGUGGCAGUGGAAGCUGGGUGGAUGUUGUCCCAGGACCAGCUGACCCAGGACCACCUCCUGCAGGGGCUGUGGGGAGACAUCAGAACCACCUGCCGGGCCCUCAUCCUUGAUCUCACUGCCAACAACAGUGCUGAUUCCGUCAUGAAGUUGGUAGAGGUGGCAGGACUCUGGCAGAGGUCAGGUACGGUGGUAGUUGUUGUGGGUAAGAGGGCAGGAGUGAAGGCCGUACUCCUCCACCAUAGUCUCCGUAACACACUCCACGCUCUCUACCUGGCCCCCCAUGACCUGACCUUCCACUCCCCACCACGUUCCAGUAACUCACGCCUCAGGAAGGUCCUCGAGAAGGAAGCAUCAGUGAGUGAGCGUGUGUGGGUGUACCGGCGGUGUCUGUUCUGCAACAACGGGGAGGCGGACGUCCAACUUAUCCAAGACUGGAACCUCACAUCCCCUCCCCAGCAUACUGAUGAACUCUUCUUUAAUGCAGAAAGGUUUCAUGACUUCAUGGGCCUUAAGAUGAAGUUCUCAGCAAUUCGUUACUUCCCAUACAAUGACUACACGCCCGACAGUAGUGAGCCAGGCAGUACCGUCACUCUCAAAGAUUGCCUUGACGCUAGACUGCUUUCUGUUCUGGAACCAGCACUCAACUGCAGUUCUGAGAUUCGAGCACAGUCUGAGCGUGCUUGGGGUACAUUGGAGGAUGGCCAGUUUACUGGAAUGAUGGGCGAAUUCCAGCGAGAAGAGAUAGACAUUGGUAUGCCCACGGCUCCCGCUGUAGAGCGGAGUGUUGUCUUGGAUAACUUCGGUGCUUAUCAAGCUGAUGUGGUAUGCCCGGUAUCCUUGAAGCCUACUCUGUUACCUCAAUACCUGUCUCUGAUUAGACCAUUUGCAGGAGAACUGUGGGGAGGAUUACUGUUGAGUGUGUUGGCGUGGGGCGUGGUUAUGUGGCUGCUGCAGAAUGCCUGGUGGUGGGUGACAGGAGAUCGUGGUGUUAAAUUCAGCACAGCCCUCCUGUAUGGCUGGGCCGUGCUAUUAGAACGGCCGACCUCAAACCCUCCCGUCAAUGACUCAGGCAGACUGUUGGUAGGAUGGUGGCUGGUGUUCUGUCUGGUCGUCACCACAGGGUAUCGUUCGUCUUUAAUUGCUCACCUGACAGUCCAGGGGAAGUCCCAACCACCUGAAACCUAUGAGGAUCUGGUGUCUCUGGACAACUGGAAGUGGGGUACCCAGUCUUGGAUGUUAAAAGGAUCGCCCGGACAAUAUUUCUCGAGGCACACUGACCCUGUCGUUCAAGAGAUAAAUCGAAGAAUGGAGCCUUUGACAGCUACUGAGGGACUGCACAAGGUAUUAGAAGGAAGAAACUCAUUCAUCACUCCCAGAUUUUACAUUACCGUCGUCAUCGAUUCCCACUACACUGACAGCUACAGCCAAAGUCCCUUUUACAUCAGCAAAACUGGAAUUAAAAUAAUAGCUGCCUUUGGCUGGUCUUUCAGGAAAGGAGCACCAUAUUACAGGCGAUUUCAUCAAAUGGUUUUACGGUUGACUGACGCUGGCAUUAUACAACACUGGACUGAUGACGUGAUAGCCAGGCGCGUGAAGGAGAACAGGGCAGCUGCUGCACUGGACCCUAUUGCAACCCUGAGUAACGAAAAAGAGAUGGUCCUAGGGAUGCAGCACAUGCAAGGCGCCUUCUACCUCUUGUUUCUGGGGUGCGGCCUCGUCAUCCUCAUCCUGCUGAUGGAGUAUAUCGUCCAGUAUCAUCCUCGUCUCAACAAAACUUUCGCGAUUACCACCAGACCUGAGGAAUGAUGAUACUAGGAAUAUAAAAAAUCGAAUACAGCAAAAUUCAAAUAUUAGACAAAAGGGCUAACUAUCCUGUGAAGUAAAUAUUUUGAUCUAUUUGAGAAUGCUAACAAUGGUAAAUAAUAUAUGUUCACCAGUUAUUUAUACCAUAUGAUCUGUACAAGACCAACCAAAUAGAAAAUAUUGAAAAUUU